AUGCAUCUUCGAGCGGUCCACGCAGAGGAGAACAUCGCGGUGCUCCAGCAGCUCGUCCGCGAGAACCCGCUGGGCAUACUGACGACCGCGAUCCAGUCACCGCUCCACCCGCUCAUCCAGUCGAGCCACAUCCCGUUCGUCAUCGACGUCCCGGAGACGGAGGACGGCGGCACCCCGUCGAAUGGCACACUUCGCGGCCACAUCGCGAGGCAGAACCCGCAGGCGAAGGUGCUGAUGGAGGCCCUUGCGGCCAGGAAGGAGCAAGGCCACGAUGGGCUGGAGCUGCCGGACGAGGUGCUGGUGCUGUUCAACGGGCCGCACCACCACUACGUGACCCCGAAGUUCUACACGGAGACCAAGCCGGUGUCGGGAAAGGUGGUUCCGACGUGGAACUACUCGGCGGUGCAGGCGUACGGCAAGAUCAAGGUGUUCUGCGACUCCAAGGCAGAGGAGACGAACGCUUUCCUGCAGAGACAGGUCGAGGAUCUGACGCGGCUGACCGAGUCGUCGAUCAUGGGCUACACGGGGGAAGGCGGACGGCCGGCGGCGUGGGAGGUGGCGGACGCGCCGGCGCCGUACGUUGAGAUACUGAGGAAGGGCAUCAUCGGGAUCGAGAUCAAGGUCGAUCGGCUGCAGGGCAAGUUCAAGAUGAGCCAGGAGAUGAGCAAGGGCGACCGGGAAGGGGUCGUCAGGGGCUUUGACGCUCUGGGGACGGAGGCGGGAAAGGGGAUGGCACAGACGGUCAGGGAGCGUGGAGACCUGAAGGAUCGACAGAAGGAAUCAUGA